AUGGCAAAGAAUGUGAAUGAUCAAACAGAGCUCCGGAUCGGACACGAGGGGAACCAACAGAUAGAGGCCCUGCUCAAAGAGCGGAACGAACUCUCCGAGGCACUCGCACAGACACAGGCCCAGCUUGCUGCAGCGCUCAUGCGGGUCGAGGCCGCAACUCGUGUGAUAGAACGCCUCCUUCGUGAACGCCAACCACUGCCUCAGGAAGAGUCGAGCCCAUCACCGUCACCUACUUUAUCGAAAGAAUCCGUGGGUGCGGCAGAGCCCGCGUCAUCGACGACGAGUCGCGCAGGGUCCAACACCCGUGGCCGUCGUACCCGGAGCUGUGUGCGCCGCGGAGGUUCCUUCCAGGACCUACCGGAGCGCUCCGCUAAAAAGCGAUGA